AUGUUUUGCGCGUCUCUCCCAUCAGUAGCUCGGCUUGCUAGGCGACCGGCUGCUUUAACGUCUCGUGGGUUUGCAACGGUCUCUCCUGUGGGCUCUGUCAGUGGGCAACAUCGGGUGGUCGUCGUUGGUGGCGGCACCGCAGGCUUGGCCAUCAGCCAUCAGCUCCUUCAAUCUGGUAAAUUCGCUGAAAAUGACAUUGCCAUCAUUGACCCGGCAACAAAGCACCACUACCAGCCUGGAUGGACACUAGUGGGCGGCGGCCUAAAAACCAAAUACGAACUUGAGAGGCCAUUGAAGAGCCUUCUUGAUCCUAAGUUCAAAUUUUACAACAAAGGGGUGCGCGCCUUUUCUCCGAAGGGCAAUUCCAUCACGCUGGAUGAUGGUGGAAAAGUCAACUACGAGAAUCUUGUCGUCGUUCCUGGCAUGAACAUCAACUAUGGAGGGAUUGAAGGUUUGACUGAAGCUCUCGCCGAUCCUAAAUCUCUUGUCUCGACCAUAUAUGGCUACGACACUUGCGACAAAGUCUUCGGUACAAUCCAAAAACUGCAGAAGGGCACCGCCAUUUUCACGAUGCCUGCAGGGGCUAUCAAAUGCGCAGGUGCGCCGCAAAAAGCUAUGUGGCUUGCGUUGGACUACUGGAAGCGGGAAGGCCUAUACAACGUCGAAGAUCCUUCCAAAUCGGCGAUCAAGAUCAGCUAUGCUACGGGACUCCCAACAAUGUUUGGUGUGCCAAAAUACAGUGCCAAACUCGAGGAAUUGCGCCAACAGAGAGGGGUCGAAGGAUUGUUUCAACAUGAUCUUAAGGCCAUCCAGGGCAACACGGCGAUCUUUGCUGGCCCAGAAGGAAAGCAGGUCAAAAAACAGUUUGAUCUGCUGCAUGUCGUGCCAAAAAUGGGGCCCCAUUCGUUCGUGAAGGAAAGCCCUCUAGCGAACGACGCUGGAUUUGUGGACGUUGAUGAUGGCACCACUCGCCACAAACAUUAUCCCAACGUCUGGUCCGCCGGUGAUGCAUCCAGUCUACCCACGUCGAAGACAGCGGCUGCGGUUACUGCUGAAGCGCCAGUUCUCGUCCACAAUAUGUUGUUGUCAAUGGAAGGGAAACAGCCUCAGGCGAUCUACGACGGCUAUACGUCGUGCCCCUUGCUUACGGAGUUCGGCAAGGUUUUGCUUGCCGAGUUCAAGUAUGGUGGACAACCGAAGGAGACAUUUGGCAACUGGUUUGGCAUCGACCAAAUAGAGCCUCGGCGUGCGUUUUACCAUCUUAAAAAGGAUUUCUUCCCGUGGGUGUACUUUAACUCUUUUGUCAAAGGCACUUGGGGAGGACCUAAAGGAUGGAAUCCUAAGGCUUAG